AUGGCAUCCCGACUCACAGAGCACUUUGCCCGUGUGGAACACUUCACGCCAGAGUGCAAGUUUAAGGAGUGCGUGUUCGAGAACUACUACGUGACCUACUCGUCCAUCCUGUACAGACAGACCCAGUCGGGCCGAGCGUGGUACAUCGGCAUCAACCGGGACGGACAGGUGAUGAAGGGGAACCGCGUCAAGAAGACCAAGGGAGCUGCACACUUCCUGCCCAAACUCAUCGAAGUGGCCAUGUACAGGGAGCCCUCUCUACACGACGUCGCUGAGCAGAGUCCGCCCAGGAAAACGCCGAAGACCUCCAGUGACUCACCCGUACUUCAGAACGGCAAGAAAGACCCUCAAUCCAAAACCAAAACAUCCUCCUCCUAGCGCUCAGAGACACGGGAGGUGGUGCUGGUGGUGGUGGGUGGGGUGGUCGGGGUGCAGCGCACAGGCUACUGGGCACCGGCGGAAACCCGAAAAGGGUUGUUAUUGCUACCCCACCCUCCACCACCCCUACUGCCUGCAACACUGACCCCCAUGAAAACUCUGCAUACCACAAUGCACCAGUGUAACGUUGAAGAAAAAGGAUCAGGCCUGGGUAGAGUGCAGCUGGCCAAUGGGAAGCCCCCAUUUACCCUCACAGACCCCCACCCUCCACACCAGCGCGCCACCUUCUUAUGUAAUAACUUCCAUGAUUAUCCGAGCCUGGGACACAAAAGCAAUAACUCCACAAAGAGGUGGACGGUCGCCGAGCAUCGUAAAGCAUGUCACCGCGGCGUGUUUAACCAGCUGCGAGGAAAUCCCACACA